AAAAAACAAAACAAAACAAUCUUUGGAGGCAAACACAAUGGCGACAAGAUGUUGGCAAGUGUUAUUCAUUGCAGUAUUCACUAUCAGUAGGUGCCUGCAUAUGUGGGCAAAAACCUUAGCUCUGGUUAAAUAAAUAAACACCACACUCAUCAUUGUAAUAAGAGCUUCAACUUCACUGAGCUUAAACUCUCAAGUCUCACGAUGUUUUUCUGUCUUCUAUUUAAAGAAAAUAGUAAUGUGACAACACCGCUUCCCUCAUCCACUCCAAGUAGCCGUAUUUCUACAAAGAGCAUUCCUCACGAGACAUCCCCUUCAGGUGAAACAACCACCUCACCCCAUUCCAGUGUGAGCAACACAUUCCUGAUGACAUCACAGAUGCAAACAAUGAAAAUGUCCACAGACUCCACUCCAGGAACCACAGGGGAAACAACUGGAAGUAAAAAUCCUACUGCAGUCACCUCAGCAGGCUCAGUAGCAAUGACACUAGAGGGACAAUCAACUGCAACUUAUUCAAGGACCUCUAAUCAGGACAUAUCAGCUUCAUCUCAGAACCACCAGACUAAGAGCAUGGAGACCACCAGAGAAUCUGAAACUGGCACCCUCACACAGAUGGCCACAUUAACUUUUUCAUCCUCCCCAAGUGUACACAAUGUGACAGAGACUGUUUCUCAGGAGACAUCUACUCCAGGUAAAACAAUGACCUCAUACCCCUCGAGUUUCAGCAACACACCCGUGAUGACAGCAUCCACAGACUCCACUCUUGGAAACACAGAGGAGACAUCAACACUGGGAACUAAAAGUCCUUCCCCACUGGCCUCAGCAGCCUCCAUAACAGCUGAGACAAAUGGGCAAUCAACUGCAGCUUUGCUGAGGACAUCUAUUCAGGACAAAUCAGCUUUUUCCCAGAACCACCGAACUCACAGCACGCAGACCACCAGAAAAUCUCAAAUCAGCACUCUCACACAGAUGAUGACAUCAACUCUUUCCUUCUCUCCAAGUACACACAAUGUGACAGGGACUGUUUCCCAAGAGGCAACUCCUCCAGGUGAAACAACCACCUCAUCCCCCUCCAGUUUCAGCAACACACCCCCAAUGACAACAUCUACAGACUCCAUUCUUGGAAAAACAGAGGAGACAUCAACACCUGGAACUAAAAGUCCUACUCCAGUAUCCUCAGUAGAGUCCAUAACAGCUGAGCCAGCAGGACAAUCAACAGCACCUUCCUCAAGGACCUCUACCCAGGACAUAUCAGCUUCUUCUCAGAACCACCAGUCUCAUAGCACAGAGACCACCAGCGAAGCUCAAACUGGCACCCCUACACAGAUGAUGACAUCAACACUUUCCUCUUCCCCAAGUGUACUCAAUGUGACAGACGCUGUUUCUUGGGAGACAUCCCCUACAGAUGAAAUGACCACAUCAUUUCCCUCCAGUGUCACCAACACACUCAUAAUGACAUCAAAGACUAUAACAACGACAACCACCACAGACUCCACUCUUGGAAACACAGAAGACACAUCAACACCAGGAACUGAAAGUUCUACCCCAGUGACCUCAGCAGUCUCAAUAACAGCUGAACUGGAAGGACAAUCACAAACAAUGUCCUCAAGGACUUCUAUCCAGGACACAUCAGCUUCUUCACAGAACCACCAGACACAGAGCACAGAUAACACCAGAGAGUCUCAAACCAGCACCCUCACAGAGAUGUCCACAUUACCUCUUCCAUCCUCCCCAAGUGUACACAAUACGACAGCAACUGUUUCUCAGAACACACCUCCUCCGGGUGAAACAACUGCCUCGUUCCUCUCCAGUGUCAUGGACACAUCCAUGAUGACAUCAAAGAUGAUAACAGUGACAACCUCCACAGACUCCACUCUUGGAAACACAGUGGAGACAUCAACACUGCUUACUGGAAGUCAUAGGUCAAUCACCUCAGCCGCGUCAAUGACAGCUGAGCCAGAAGGACAAUCACCAGCAACUUCCUCAAUGACCUCUUCCCUGGACACAACAGGUUUUUCUCAGAACCACCAGACUCAGAGCAUGGAGACCACCAGAGAAUCUCAAACCAGCACCCUCACACAGAUGCCCACAUCCACUCUUUCUUACUCCCCAAGAGUACGUAACGUGACAUGGACUGUUUCUCAGGAGACAUCUCCUCCAGGUGAUACGACCACCUCAUCACCCUCCAGUGACACACCCGUGAUGACAUCCAAGGUUAUAACAAUGACAACCUCCACAGACUCCAGCCUUGGAAACACAGGGGAGACAUCAACACCGCUUACUGGAAGUCUGAUGCCAGUCACAUCAGCAGUCUCAAUAACAGCUGAGCCAGAAGGACAAUCAGCAACUUCUCUGAGGACCUCUACUCAGGACACAUCAGCUUUUUCUCAGAACCACCAGUCUCAGAGCACGGAGACCACAAGCGAAGCUGAAACCGGCACCCUCACACAGAGAUCCACAUCAACACUUUCCUCUUCCCCAAGUGUACUCAAUGUCACAGAGACUGUUUCUCAGGAGACAUCCCCUGCAGAUGAAAUGACCACCCCAUCUCCCUCCAGUGUCACCAGCACACCCAUAGUGUACUCAAUGUGUGGAAGACGGUUUCUCAGAAAGACAUCUCUCCAGAUGAAAUAUUAUCAUUUCCCUCCAGUCAUCACCAACACACUCCAUGAUGACAUCAAAGACUAUAACAAUGACAACCUCAACAGACUCCACUGUUGGAAACACAGAAGAGACAUCAACACCAGGACCUGA